AUGAAACAAGCAGCUCGAGAAUAUAGGCAAGUGUAUCCUGAAGCAGCCCAAAGGAUUGAGCUUGACACCUAUGUCGACGACUUUUUGUCCGGCGCGACAAACGUUCAGCACGCAAUGACAUUGAAAACGCAGGUCAACGAAAUACUUGAGUCCGCUGGUUUUCACCUGCGAAAAUGGACCACCAAUUGUCCGGAAUUAUUACAGGGAGUGCCAGCAGAUGAUCAACUUCCAGUUGAAGUAAAGCUGGCAGAUCAACCGAACGUAGUGAAAGCUCUCGGAAUACAGUGGACUCCUAUGGAGGACACAUUCUCGUACAAUGUUAAGCUAAAUCCGAACAACGUGAACACCAAACGACAACUUCUUUCGGAUUCUGCCAAGCUGUUCGAUCCGUUUGGAUGGUUGUCACCUGUCACUAUCAAGAUCAAGAUUCUGUUUCAGCAGUUGUGGCUCAGCGAAUUGUCAUGGGACGAUCGGCUGCCUCCAGUAGUCGAACAAUCGUGGAUCGAGAUUAAAGAAACUCUACAUCAAGUCGAAGAAAUACGUAUCAAUCGGUUUGUACCCAACAACAAUGGAAGGAUCGAGUUACAUGGGUUUUGCGAUGCGUCUGAGUUGGCGUAUGCAGCUGUGGUGUACGUCAGAGGAAGAAAUGAAGCUGGAAACAUCACCGUCAAUCUCCUGGCAGCGAAAACUAGGGUGGGGGGGGAUAAGACGUAUGUAAGCACUCCAAUCAAGCAAGUAUCCCUACCAAGAUUGGAGCUCAAUGCAGCAGCGCUGCUAUCAUCACUGAUGGAAUCGAUCAUACAAGCAUUGAAACACUUGAACGUGGAUCCGUGGGCAUAUACAGAUAGCAGUAUUGUGCUCCAAUGGUUAUCCGCCCAUCCCCGCAAAUGGAAGACGUACGUAGCCAAUCGUACAUCGGCAAUACUGGACGUGCUUCCACGUGAUCGCUGGAAUCAUGUUGCAAGUGAGAAGAACCCGGCUGAUUGCGCAUCCCGUGGUCUUCUACCCAGUGAACUAGUGACGCAUCAACUCUGGUGGCAUGGGCCAAAUGAAUUGAAACAUGAGGAACAAUGGAUGCAAUCACCUUUGGAAACCAUCGACGAUGAGCAGUUACUGGAAACACGACUGUUGAAGGUAUUUCAAGGAACGACGACUGUUAUCAGAACUAACUACGACAUCGAAAACGGCCUGCUAGAACGGCGAUCGAAUUACACUUUUAUUGUGCGCACUCUGGCGUACGUGAACAAAUUUUUGCUAGCGCUUAAGAAGGAUAACGAUAAUCUCGAAUCUGAACUUUCUCCAAACGAAAUUUACGAUGCUAAGGCACAGUUAGCUAGAGCUGCACAAUACGCAUCAUUCAGGCAGGAGCUGGAACUAUUGCAGAAAGGUAAGGAAUUGCCAGCAAAAAAUAAACUGUCAACCCUACAUCCAUUUCUGGACAGCCAAGGUACAAUGCGUGUUGGAGGACGGUUACAGAAUUCAUCGUAUCCAUACGAUGUGAAACACCCAAUUGUGUUACCAGCUAAUCACAAGGUGACUGAGCUCAUGCUACGAGAUAUUCAUCUGCGAAAUCUUCAUGCGGGACCAACACUGCUGACAGCAACAGUCAACCAAGGUUAUUGGAUAGUUGGACUUCAAACUGCUGUUCGUCGAAUUGUUCAGGGUUGCACUCGGUGUGUACGACUCAAGGGCAAGACAGCAACUCAACUCAUGGGUAGUUUACCUGUUCCUCGGGUGAUGGGCACUCGAGCAUUCACCCACGUCGGCGUGGAUUAUGCCGGUCCUCUGAAGGUUCAUGCAUCCUGUGUUCGAGGAGUGAAGACAACGAAGGGCUAUAUAGUAAUAUUCGUCUGCAUGGCAACAAAGGCUGUGCACCUGGAGGUCGCAAGCGAUUUAUCAACGAAUAUGUUCAUCUGGGCGCUGAAGAGGUUUAUCUCAAGACGAGGCUACCCCAACGAGAUAUGGUCUGAUUGCGGUACGAAUUUUGUAGGAACAGACCGCUGGCUGAACGAGAUACAAGUUGCACAACAGACGCAUAACGUAGCAGUAAAUCGGUUCCUAAGCAACUGUGGAAUUAAAUGGGUGUUCAAUCCGCCUUCAGCACCCCACCGCGGCGGUAUAUGGGAGGCAGCAGUAAAGAGUGCCAAGAAGCAUCUUGUAGCAGUUCUUGGAUCAGAAGCAGCAACGUAUGAGCAACUAUCAACGGUUUUGGCGCAGGUGGAAGCGUGCCUUAAUUCGCGACCGCUAUGCCCCCUUUCAACCAAUCCAGACAACUAUGACGCGCUAACUCCAGGUCAUUUCCUGGUUGGCCAACCGCUGAACUUGAUCCCAGAACCAGACGUGCGUCAUAUUUCGGUGAAUCGUCUGGAUAAGUGGCAGCUGUUACACAAGCACACGACUAAUAUUUGGAACCGUUGGCGGGACGAAUAUGUUGCCAACCUACAACCUCGAACGAAGUGGAGGACGACCAAAGCAAAUGUAAGAGAGGAUCAGCUGGUGCUGGUCAAGAACGACAAUGUUCCGCCAGCUCAGUGGGAGUUGGCACGUAUCGUAAGACUUCAUCCAGACCCUUCUGGAGUCAUCCGUACUGUAACUUUGCGACGAGGGCAAGCAGAGUAUUCGCGGCCCAUUCAAAAGAUUUGUGUUCUACCAACGGAUUGA